AUGGCCGGUCGAGGCCGGCCUCCGAAAAAAGGCCCGAUGAGCGAAUACAUGCUGAAAAAACACGGCCUGUGGAAAGAGCCCGAUCCAGAGUACGACGAAGACGGGAACGUGAUACCACGCGCGAACAAGUGCCGACCGAAGAUGACCGAAGAGGAGAAGGAGGAGAGACGACGGCAACGCGAAGAGGAGAGGAGGUUACACCCGGAACGGUUUUUAAAGCCGAAAGGGGUGAAUCCAGAUUUCGUGGUCCACACCAGUCGCAGGCAACAGCUUUUGUUGGAGCAACAAAAAGAACGCGAGGAGAAGGAGCGGAAAGAGCAAGAGAUGAGAGAUGGGAACGGAGGAGGCAUUGGAGUGUCGUUGAUAGAGGAAGAAGAAGAGGAGGAACGACCGGUACCGAUGACGGAGAAAGAGGUGGAGGAGGAGAAGGUGUUCGGUACGGUGGCGGCGUCCGCCGCGGCGAAGAAGGAGACGAAGAAGCCGAAAUAUUAUAACGAGGAGUUGGAAAAAGGUAUCGGAGAAGAUUUGGUGAAGAUAAAGAAGAGGUGGUCCAGAGGGAGGAAAGAGGAGAGGUUGGAACGGCAACUGACGGUGAAAGCGACGUCAUCUUCGGAGAUGGUGACGGCUGGGGAAGGAGGAGAAGACGACGAAAGUAAGAGUCCGAAAGGACUCGCGCUCGCCAAGAGGCCUUCGUUGAUCCGCAAUCAUCCAGAAUCGAUGAUAUCCAGUGCAUACGCGGAAACGGCGGCGAGAGUGAACGAAGACGAGAAUGUGCAGCUUGGCAUGCUUUUGGCGCCGCACUCGACUUUGACGUCGUUGUCCAGAGCGUAUAAACUUUCGCCGAUGACUUUGAAGCAGCUUCACGAAGGAUUAGUUAAAAGAGAACCGAACGCUGUCGUCGAUGAAGUGCACGCCGCGCUUCUGAGAGUUUUGGCUACGGACGUGCUCGAGGCGGAUGCCUAUUACGGCGGAGGACAGUUGGUCGAUGUGGAAGAUAAAAAAGUGUUCUCUAAAACGGGCUCGACGAAGGUUAUCGUUUUAGACGAUGGCUCGACAAUCCCAAGAUCUUCGCUCGAUUUCGACGAGUGCUUUAAGUACCUCGACAUCGUUACUUGGCCGGCGUACGCGAAGAAACUCGUGGAGAGGCUUCGUGCACGAGGCAACAGGCACGUUCCAAAAUGCAACUGGGCGGAUCACAGAUACGGAGGGUAUUACGGUGCGACGGUGUAUGAAAAAAUCGAACUCUUACAGUUCUUAGUCGAUGAAACUCUCGAUACCAACGUCAUUCGCAACGAGUUGGAAACUCGAGAAGUUUUGAUAGAAGCCGGGGAGUUCCAAGUCGCCAACGGUGGUUUGUUGACUUCGAAAAUUGGGGCGCUUGUUGAAGUGUACGGUAUGGAACAUCCAAUUCGAGGGAGUUGGUACUCGGGCGUCGUCAUCGCCGCCGCCGGCGACCGCAUUCGCGUGCGUUACGAUGAGUUGUUGAGCGACGUGAGUAAUCACAAAUUGGAAGAGUGGGUGACGCUCGAAGACGUGCGUUCACACGAUUGGAAAUUACGUCGCAAGAAGUUGACGAGCAAAAAAUUAGACCCAGCCUCAGUGAUGCGCAUCGCGCAGUUGGCCAGAAAGAAAAAUCGCGGGCGGAGUAAACGCGCAAAAAAGAAGCGGGUACAAUCCAACCGUGCCGACGACGAUCGAGACGCAUUCCCUAGAGUUCGACCUUUAAAUCCGUACCGUAUGGAUAAGAAAUCGCGCGCGCAAUGGAUCAGAUCUGCCGGCGACGUCGUCGAAUGUUACCAGGGUGGGGGAUGGUGGUGCGGACGCAUCACCAAUCCGAUCGGUGCGUUGGGUCGAAUGGAAGUUCAGUUUCCUGGUGAAAACGAAUCGAAACUGAUAAAAAAGGAAGACGUCGAUACCAUGCUCACAUGGGAUGGCGACGAGUGGUACAUUGCCGGAACAGACGACGUCGUCGAAAAGAAUGCGAGCGCGGUAAAAUCUCUGGAACAAGCUUUAGCGGCGGCGGCGGAUACGCACGGUGAUAUGUGCUCGGUAUGCGGCAGAUCGGGUUCUUUGGUGUGUUGCGACGGAUGUCCUUCGGCAUUCCACGCGGUGUGUGCCGGUGAACCGACCAACCGAGCGCUCGCGGAGACGGAAUGGUUUUGUCCAGAGUGCGUCGCUGUUCCGGAACAAAUUCGAUCCGACAAGGAGUUGAGAGCGCAGGCGUUUCCGUUUUUAAGAACCGAGUGUGCGUUGUGUGAAACCGAUGGGGACGCGUUAGGGAGAAAAUACUUCUUUUCUGCUAAGGACGGCGUCGCUAAGCUCGAAGGAGGGAUGAAUCCUAAAAAGUUUGGAAGCGGUCGCGCCGAUUUAAACGCGGCGAUCAGAGAGAACGAGUGGAAACGAUUUGAGGUACUCGCGAUAGAUCGAAAACCGUUCGAAGAAGCGAACGCUUACUUGGAUGAUAUUCGAAACGCUUCGGAAGACGCGAAAGCGUCUCUCAAACGCGGUCAACAAGUUACGGAGGUUGGUGCCGAUCCAAUCCAAGUUUUUGAAAAAUUUGGGCUCGGAGAUUGCGGGAAGACUUUACCGGAGUGGGAAAAAGACAAAAUCGUUGGUCCCACCUACGCAGAAUCCGAAGAAGAGGAAGAAGACAUAGAUGAAAUGGAAUUUGACGGGGAGGACUCCGGAGAGGAGGAGGAGCACGACGAUGAAAAAUGGUCGGACUUAGAUAACGAUGAAAGGGAAGCUCCACCUUCCUCUGCUCGAGGGGGUAAAAGAAAGAGAGGUGGGAGGAAAGAACCAGAGGAAGAAGAGGAAGUGAUGCCGACGUCGGGUCGAUCCCGACGAGCAAACGCGGGUAAAAAGACGGAAACGUAUUCUCCUACUAAAGUUGCCGAAGAACAGCGCGCUCGUCAAGAAGCUAUGCAACCAAAAGUAGUGGUCAAAGAAGAGCCGAUUCCAUUCAACGAUCCAGAAAUGGAGCGCGCGCUCGAAGAGCGCAGAAAAUUGGCGCUUUCGCACGCCGCCAAAAUCGAGUACGAAUCUUCUUUGUUAGCAGUAGCUCCGGCGGAAGCGAAUGUGGAAAAGGUCGGCGGCGAUACUCCGACAGCAGCACCAUCAACACCUUUGGCGGCGACGAUGGGGACGAAAACGACUACAGAAUCGUGCUACACGUACCAAAAUAAGUACGCGAACGCUGGAGUCUUUGCGCUCGCGAACGCGACUGGCGAGACCGCUCGGGGUCGCGUGACGUCGUUAUUCGUCAACCAAUGGUUUGCUCCAUACCCUAUUCCACAACCGCCUAUAAAACCUGGAUGGCAAGACCAUCUCGCAAAAGAUAAGCUCGGCCACGUCGUGGCAAAAGCGUGUCACAUGGAGCGAUAUUUGUGCGGCUUACUUGACGGUCCUUGGGCGGGUACGGAAACGGUAACUGGUGAUCAAUGGCGCCAAAAAUGGCUCACGUCUUUAAGAGGUUCAUCGACUUUCAAAGACGUGGCAAAGUGGAUCUUACUCUUAGAGAGUAGCAUUCGUCCUCUUGCGAUGAAAGCGGCAUGGUAUGCUCAAGAAAUCAAAGAAAACGCCUCGAUUUUCGAAUUUGAAAAGAAAGAGCAGGAGCACCGCGUUGAAAAAGUUGGUCCUUCUUCGUUGCGCUCCGAAGUCGCGCCAUUGGCGCUUGUGUUGAGAGGAAAGCGCGUUCCCAUCAAAUCGCUUCGAAAAUGCGCGAGAAAUGGCGGGGUGAAAUCAAUAUUACCAGAGCGUGUGGUGAACUACCGCAUUGGUUGGCGCGGUCGAGGUUUGCCGCAACCGUCGCGUCUUAUGAGAGCAGCGUGGAUCGCCGAAGUUGAAAACGCUUCUUCGGCGGCGUACUUGGGAUUACUCUUGCGCUUCUUCGAUCACCACAUAGCCUGGGAUCACAUCAAAUCACCGAUGUUUCACAAAAUCCACUCCAAUUCCUUCGACGGUAGACACAGAAAUAUCAACUUCAGACAACUGGAGAUUGUCGAGAAGCGUUUCGCGAAAUGGCCGACGACGGGCUCAGUAUUGGCGCAGUAUCGAUUGGAGCCAGUGCCUAAAGUCGGGGGAGACGACUCGAAGAAAAACUCGCCCUCAAAGGCAUCUCCGACGAAGGUGGAAGAAGGAGAGAAAGAUUCGGCGAGGCCAAUGGAGGAGGACAAGAAGAUGCCGGACGCGGAGGAAGCGCUUGCGCCGCCAGCGGCGGAGGAAAAGAAAGAAGUCGAAAAAAUCCCAGCGCCGCCAGCGGAGGAGAACACGGAAGUCGAAAAAAUCCCAGUGCCGCCAGCGGAGGAGAAGAUGGAAGUCGAAAAUGUCCCUGUGCCGCCAGCGGAGGAGAAGAUGGAAGUCGAAAAUGUCCCAGUUCCGCCAGCGGAGGAAAAGAUGGAAGUCGAAAAGGUCCCGGCGUCGCAAGCGGAGGAGAACACGGAAGUCGAAAAUGUCCCUGUGCCGCAAGCGGAGGAGAACACGGAAGUCGAAAAGGCCCCAGCGCCACCAGCGGAGGAGAAAAGAGAAGUCGAAGAAGCGCCAGCGGCUGAAAAGAUGGAAAUGGAGGAAGUGCCGCCAGAAGCAGGGGAGUUAAGAGGACAAGAAGCUGUCUCCUUGACUGAAAAGCAACCUUCGCCGGUGAAAACGGAAGGCGCGGAAGCGUCGGUGCUAGGCGAUGGAGUUCAAGAGCAAGGCAAUAACCUUGCCGCUGCUCUGGCCGCUGCUGUAGCCGCCGCUCCAGCUGGAGUAACUAUUCAUGAUCCAUUAAGUGCUGCAACGGCAAUUACCGUGCCACCGACAAGCGACGAAAAGAAUGAAACCAAAGAAGAGGAAAAGAAGGAAGAAGAACCUGUUCCGAUUUGGAUCAACGACACCGAUUGUCCUCUGUUCCUCAUGAACAUCUACGAAACGAAGAUUCGGGGUUGGACGCGCGCGGAGGAGAAAAACUUGGGAUUCAAUCCAGGUUUUACGCCCGGACGACAAUCGGUAACCAUACCGAUCACCUACGAGGACAUCGGAACGCACCUUGCGGGCUGCAAAGUCGAAGUGCUUUGGGAAGACGACGAAGUCUGGUAUCGCGGGGAAAUUGUCAAGUGCUGCGAAGAUCGAGAGUUCGGAGACGAGUACGCGCAACGAGAAAAAGCCGCUGUCGAUGAUGAUGAUGGUCCAGACAAAGAUAACGAAGACGCCUUCAGCAACAAAGUUGAAAUACAAUACGAGACUGGUGAGCUAGAGAGCAUGGACAUCGAAGACUUCAAAGAUAUCAUCUCCAAAGGCAGCAUUCGAGCGAGAGGAAGCAUCCCCGCGCGACGCGGAAAGAAAAAGGCUUCUAAAAAGAGCGAAUCAACAGCAGGAGAGUCUAAAACGCACACCGGUGGACGAGUGAGCCUUUUGCCGACGCUUCCAGACAUGGAACGCGCAGAGCCGGGUACGUUUUACGCCACCGCGCAUCUCGAACUUCCGAGAGACGUCCUCGAAAGGAUGGUAUUUGAGAAAACUGGGAAAGAUUACUCGCUUUGGCAAAACCCAAAAGUCGCGCGAUGGAAACUUGCUCUCAUGUUGGACGAAGGAGCGUUGCGACAGGCCAUCGCGGACGAAAAGAUUAAGCCGACGCACGUGGAAAAAAAGAAGACGGGUACAUAUUACGUGAAGAAGGCCGAGAGAUUGGCGAUGGAAAAGGAGUAUAUGGAAUUGGCGAAGAGAAAAUUGGAGGGAGAGGGCGACGCGGUCCAAUCUCCCAAGGAAGGACAACAGCAGCAACAUGAUCAAAAUAACCAGAAUGAAGGAGGCGAUGGAUCCGACCUUCAGCCGAAAACGAUUCGAUUCGUCAUGAGUACGAAGAAAGAAGGAACAACCGAGGGCGGUGUAGAAUCGGAGGCGCAAGCGCACAUCAUCGCGAUGGAAGAGAAAGCGCGGAUUCAGGAGGCUUCUAUCUCGGCGAUGGAGCACUUGACAAACUCUCCUGUUCCGGACUCCGCUAAUUCGUUUACAGACGUCAUCGCGCAACGUUGCGUGUACGCCAUAGAUGCAAUUCGAAAUGUGAAAACGACACAAACGCCUCCAUCGAAGAAAGGGUUACUCGCGUGUACGUACAUCAUGAAAGAGCUCGACGCAAUCUCGAAAAAGUGCAAAGAUAAAGGUUUUAAGAACGUCGCAGAAUUUGUGAAAGUCAUGGAAGAACUGUUUGAUCAAACCAGCGUGGACAACACGGAGUUUUGGGAAGACAUCGAUUUUAGCGUUCGUCCGGAGUUUCGCAAGGCUGCGAUUCUCAUCGCGACGCCGAAACCAGACCAAGCAGCGAUUGAUAAAUUCCAGAACGACACUUGGACGCAACUUGAGUUUGAGAAAGGGGAAAAUUUUGGCGAAAAGUUAGUAAACAAGCGCGUGAUCGUGUGUUGGGACGAUGGCGAAUGGUAUACUGCGAACGUUUUAAAGUACGACCCGAAGGAAAACAAACACACGUUGAAGUACAAAGACGAGGAUGAAACGGAGACGGUGUUGUUGAAUAAGAAACCCGGGCGCAUGUCGCCAGACAUUCCGGACGUCUCUUUUCCGUGGGUCUUUGCAUCUCACGAUAUGCUCAAACCGAUCGAUCUCACUGAAGCCACAAGCUGCUUGAGCGUCUGCCAGUACAUGGAUAAAUGCGAACAAAAAGGCGAGCGGUUGAUUGAAUACUUCUAUCGCUUACCGGAGAAGUCAGAAAUGCCCGAGUACUACGAAAACGUCCCGAACCCAAUCGACUUGGUGACCAUAAUCUCACGCACUAUCGGCGGGUACUACAAGUACCUCGAAGACUUCGUCGAUGAUGUCGAAUUGAUGUUGGAGAAUGCGUUGAACUUCAACGCUCCGGGCACGGAUGCUAACAACGACGCGAAAGUACUAGCCAGACUCUAUCGACAAAAGAUGCAGCGAUCAUACGUCAAUUACGCGCCGCCUCCAAAGCCUAUGCCGAGAGGCAGCGAGGAAGAACAAGACGGCGGCUCCGCGAAGAAGAAAAGAACCUUCAACUACGACAACGAAUCGAGCGCGAACAAAAUAAAAAAACUCCGAUCCGCUGCCUCUACCGCCGAGGAAAGAAACGCGAAGUCGACCAAAACUCCGCCGAAGAAUUCAGCAUCGGGCGGCCACCAACGCGAAGCGCUGUCCGAGGAAGAAUUAAAAAAGUCUGGAUUGCACCUGAAGAAGACGAGUUGGAACGCCACCGCGCGAUGCGGCAAGUGCCGCACGUGCUUGAACCGCUCGCUCAAGAAGAGGUGCAUGAACAAUCCAAAAUAA